AUGACAAUUCCCGUAGCUCUAUGUGUUCUUUCACUGUCAUGCGCCAUAAUCUUAUGCGUACGAGAUAUCACAAACUUGAUAAAAUGCUUCAGCUAUUUAUUGAGCCUUAGCGGAUUAUGGUAUUUUUGGAAGGGGUUCCUUUGGCCACUGUAUUUCUCGCCGCUGAGGCAGUUGCAAUCAGUACCUGAGAGUGGUUGGUUCAGUGCAGAAACCUUGAGACUGUACACCGAGCCCAGAGGGGUUGCACAGUGCGAAUGGGUAAAUAAGCUUAAAGAUGUGCCAGAAGGUUUGGUACGCUAUCGGUCUCUGUUGGGCUUCGAAAGACUUCUUAUUGUCUCUCCAGAGGCACUCGCCGAUGUUCUCGUGACUAGGAGCUACGAGUUUCGAAAACCGCCCUUUGUUGUAACAUUACUGAGGCAGAUCCUUGGUAGGGGCAUUUUGUUAGCAGAGGGAAAUGAACACAGGAUGCAGCGGAAGGCGCUGCUGCCAGCAUUUUCCUUUCGGCAUGUCAAAGAGUUGUACCCUGUUAUGUGGCGUGUCGGAGAAAGUCUAACAAGUGUUAUAGCCAAAACGCUUCAGCACGAAACGCCAACAAGGCUUAACAUGUUAGACUUUCAUUUAGGUGGGCAUCACGCUAAAAUCAACGAUGGGAUGGUCACUGUGAACAUCGCAGACUUAGCCAGCCGAGCCACACUCGAUAUCAUAGGUGUUGCAGGUAUGGGUCAGGACUUCGGGGCCAUCCGUAACCCCAGUAACAACCUUCACCAAGCAUACAGCCUCCUUGUUCAAUCCUCUAAACAAGCUACUUUUAUCGGAAUUCUCCGGCUUGUAUUUCCAGAUUGGCUUGUAAAUCAUCUUCCUUUGGAGAGAAACACCCAAGUAAACCUCGCGAUACAACUUGUUCGUUCAUCAUGUCAGGAGAUGAUUCGAGAGACAAGGUCGUGUGAGAAGGAUCCGGGAUCGAAAGCUGAUGUCGAUAUUCAUGAUAAGAAUAUACUCACUGUGGCUGCCGCCUCUGGAGCCUUCACAGACGAGCUACUUGUUGAUCAACUCAUGACUUUCCUAGCAGCAGGUCAUGAAACCACCGCCACAGCCCUGACCUGGGCUAUCUACAUUAUUUGUGUAUACCCAGAUAUCCAAGACAAGCUCCGCGAUGAAGUCUGGUCUCACCUACCCAGGUAUUCACCGACAUCCAAGAGCAUUCCUAAAGACCUCAGUACUAUAAUAGACUCUAAGAUGCCGUACCUUAACGCGGUUUGUCUCGAGGUAUUUCGCUACUUCUCUCCUGUACCUGUUACUUUCAGGGAGGCUAUUAAAGACACUUACAUCCUUCAUACGCCUGUACCUGCUGGGACUUCGGUCGUGCUCGCCCCACGCGUCACCAAUCGCCACAGUACUCUCUGGGGCCCUGAUGCCCACAUAUUCAACCCUGAUCGUUGGAUUUCUCAGGAAAAACAAGAAGCGAUAAUUAGCACGGUCUCUACCCCUAUCGGCUCUUCCAAAGAUUCUAAGAGUGGCGGGCUACAAAAUGGAACGGACAAGAAGGGGACUGGGCAUCGAAACAAUUUCGCCAUGAUGACAUUUUUACAUGGGCCAAGAAGUUGCAUUGGGCAGUCAUUCGCCAAGGCAGAACUUGCUAUCUUGCUGGCGUCUUUAGUGGGGAAGUUUGAAUUUGUGUUGGCAAAAGAAACACCUAUAAACGAGAAGGAAGUCAAAGUAUCGAGGGGUGCUACAGCAAGACCAGAAAAGGGACUCAUGGUCCAAAUCCGAACGGUUGAACCUGAGUGA